AUGGAUAACUUAAAAGCCAAGUACAACAAAAACCCGCUCAGAGGAGACAUAUACAACCUAAGCGAGCUGAAGAUUAUUCUCGAUGAUGUCAUCCGAGACUUCAUGGAAAAUGUGGGGAAUUCCAAGCAGUCUAAGGUCUCUACAGACAUUAAAAUAGCAAUAGGGCUGAUUUCGACUGUCAUUGCCUCAGCAGUUGCAUAUUUUUCCUUGACAUCGGAGUUUGAGUAUCACAAACAAGUCAUAACUAUAUUAACUCUAAUCUAUUUCGUAAUCAACAUUCUUGGAGAAAUCUACUUUCGAUGGACAGGCUCUUCAAUGGUAUUCAAGGACCGGGUGGUUUCCACAAGUGUGAGUGCACCUGAUCCCACAUAUGUAAUAAUGGUCUACAACAAAAACAAGCUCAUUCCUAGUAAGUACACCAAAUCGAUGUUUGACCUCUUUGAUUCCAACGGAAGGCUUAUCCAUGAGGAGUUUCUCGACGAUCUUCAAGGUCUUUUGAAAAGUAAAUAG